CACCUUUCCUUACGAGUCAAUGUAUGUUCUAGUCUCUCUGAAAAAAGUUUGCUGUGCCCUCGUAUUAUAUGGCUUGUUGCAAGACCUUUCUUUUGGAUUAGGUGACGGGUCAUUUUCCACUGUAUUAGCUUGGUCUUAUUAGGUCUUCAUCUUGGGUGCGUAAUCUAAUAACUAAUUACCUCAAUUCAGACAAGAGAAUUAAUCGAUGGAUGCUCCUUACCUGUUCCUGUUUUUCAGCAUCAUUACCCUUCUCCACCUCCCAGGUUUCUGCACUGCAGGGGACACAAUCACCGCAUCUCAGUCACUCAGAGAUGUCAACGGAAGCACCUUAUCUUCCCAAGAUGGGACCUUUGAAAUGGGCUUCUUCAGCCCAGGAAAUUCCCAGAAACGUUUCUUGGGAAUUUGGUACAAGAGCAUCCCAGCGAAAAAUGUUGUCUGGGUUGCAAAUAGGCUCAAUCCGAUCAAUGACUCGUCCGGGGUUCUGAUGAUUGAUGACUCAGGAAAGCUUGUCAUCCUCAGCAGCAAGAGCGCCGUCGUUUGGUCUGCAAACUCAACUGGGCCUGCACGAGAUCCAGUAGUGCAGCUUCUUGAUACUGGAAACCUUGUCCUGAGAGACGGGAAUGACGGGGAUUCAGGCACGACUUACUUGUGGCAGAGCUUUGACUAUCCGACAGACACGGUCUUACCAGAAAUGAAGAUCGGAUGGGACUUAAGAAGGGGCCUUGAUCGCCGGUUAACAGCAUGGAAGAGUCCGGAUGACCCUUCUCCAGGUGACUUCUCGUGGGGAUUGGAGCUCCACAACUACCCUGAAGCAGUUGCCUGGAAGGGAAAUCAGGAAUAUUUCCGCAGCGGCCCAUGGAAUGGCCUGAGGUACAGUGGUGCGCCAGAGCAGAGGGCCAAUCCCCUUUUCUCAUUCGAUUUUGUUAACGAUGAGGAUGAACUUUACCUCACUAUCCACCUCAAGAACAAAUCUGUCCUCACCAGGACUAUCCUCAACCAAUCAAAUUACGCGUGGGAACGGUAUGUUUGGAGCGAAGCCACUCUGGCGUGGAAGCUCUUCACGACGGUUCCAAAAGACUACUGCGACAAAUAUGGCCUUUGCGGUGCAUAUAGCAAUUGCGAUGUGACUGAUCUGCCCAUUUGUCAGUGCUUACCAGGGUUCAGCCCUAAGUCACCUGACAAAUGGAACUCAAUGGAUUGGUCUGGGGGAUGUACGAGGAAUAAGCCCCUUGAUUGUGGAGACGGAGAUGGAUUUAUCAAAUUUGGUGGAUUGAAAUUGCCGGACACCACAUUCUCUUGGGUGAACAGGACUUUCGAUCUGAAAGAAUGCAGGGCUAAGUGCUUGCGCAACUGUUCUUGUAUGGCCUACACGCAUUCGGAUAUCAGCGGGCCUGGCAGCGGCUGUGCCAUGUGGUUUGGUGAUCUUGUGGAUAUUAGGCACUUUGAGGAAGGCGGGCAAGAUCUCUACAUCCGAAUGCCCCGGUCCGCACUAGAGUUGAAAAGCAGACAUUGGUUGGAAAUAGCGGUCAUAGUCAUAGCUGUGAUAGUCCCAGCUUCGGUGUUACUCCUAACCUGCUAUUAUAUCCGCAGAUGGAGGAAGAAACCCAAAGAGGCAAAGAUAGACGAAGGAGAAAAGGAACCCAAAAAUGAAAGCUCCAAGGAGGACUUAGAGUUACCAUCAUUUGACCUGGCCACAAUUACGGAUGCGACCGACAAUUUUUCAUUUAACCAGAAGCUCGGAGAAGGAGGGUUUGGACCAGUAUACAAGGGUACGCUACCAGAUGGACGGCAAAUCGCAGUGAAGAGGCUCUCAGCCAUCUCUCGACAAGGAGCGAGGGAAUUCAAGAACGAAGUGAAACUGAUCGCCAAACUUCAGCACCGAAAUCUUGUAAAACUUCUGGGCUGUUGUGAAGGAGAGGAGAUGAUGCUGAUCUACGAAUACCUGCCUAACCGAAGCCUGGACGCCUUCAUUUUUGAUGGCACGAGAGGUAAACUACUAGACUGGCAAAAUAGAUUCAACAUUAUUUGCGGGAUUGCUCGGGGCCUUCUCUAUCUUCAUCAAGAUUCAAGAUUAAGGAUAAUACACAGAGAUCUAAAAGCAAGCAAUGUCCUGCUUGAUGAGAAAAUGAACCCGAAAAUAUCAGACUUUGGCAUGGCCAGGACUUUUGGAGGAGAUCAGAGUGAAGGGAAUACAAACAGAGUGGUUGGAACUUAUGGCUACAUGGCACCAGAAUACGCCAUUGAUGGCCUAUUUUCAGUGAAGUCCGAUGUCUUUAGUUUCGGAAUACUAGUCCUGGAAAUCAUCAGUGGAAAGAGAAACCGGGGUCUAUUUCAUUCAAACCAGAAUCUCAUCGGACAUGCCUGGAGAUUAUAUGCAGAAGGGAGGCCUCUAGAUCUCAUUGAUCCAUGCUUAGACGGAUCGUGCAUCCUCUCAGAAGUACUGCGAUGCAUCCACCUGAGUUUCCUUUGUCUACAACAUCAUCCCGAGAACAGACCGAGCAUGGCGUCAGUGGUCGUGAUGCUGGGAAGCGAAGGCCCUCUGCCUCCGCCCAAACAGCCGGGCUUCCUGAUAGACAAGAACCCUUUCGAAGGAGACUCUUCGUCAAGCAAGCAAGAGCUAAACUCGGUCAAUGAAAUCACCGUCACACUGGUGGAAGCAAGAUAGAAUACUCCCCAUUGAAUUCUGCAAUUGUUCAUUUUUUUUUUUUCCUUUUUUUUGUGUAACUCUUCAUCGUUAGGAUGCCAAUGAAAUUAACCUUUCUGAGCAA